CUCUGCAUAAAGUUUCAAUUUUUAGUUUUUACUCUGUUUUGCAUUGUUUAAUGUGUUUCUGACUUUUUUUUUCUUGAUAUAUUUCAGGGGAAUGUUCUUUAGUGGAGUGAACUUUUGAGAGAAUUCACUUUUUUCCUCUGCAUUUUGGCUCUGCAAAUUUUUGUGUUUCUCAAGGGGUAGUUUAGAGGAAAAAAAGAGUAUAUAGCAUGGGUUCAGAUUUCGUAGAUGAGAUAGAUUGUAGCAGCUUCUUUGACCAUAUGGAAGAUUUGAUUGAGUUUUCCCCAGAGAAUGAGUGUGGUGGCCUUGACUCUGCUGAUUUUAAGGAUUUUCCAGGCAUUUGGAAUGACCCCUUACCGGAUUCCGACCCACUUUUCUCCAGCAGCCACAACAAUUCAGCUUCCGACUUCUCAGCCGAGCUCUCAGUUCCGUACGAGGAUAUCAUUCAACUCGAAUGGCUUUCAACAUUUGUGGAGGAUUCCUUCUCUUGUGAAGGAUUGACACUGGGGAAAGAACAUUUGCCUGUCAACAAGGAGCCAUCUGAAAAUAGCAAAUUCCUCACCUCGAGUCCUGUUUCCGUGCUCGAGAGCAGUAGCAGCAGCAGCUCAUCCUCAUCAAGCUCGGGUCCGGGGAAGAAGAUUCCUCCUCUUAGUCCAUGCCACCGGGGUCCACAACGUGCUCGGAGCAAACGUCCUCGCCCGACAACUUUUAAUCCCCGGCCAGCAAAUCAACUCAUGUCUCCAACAUCAGUACUUCCUGAGCGAUUCGUUGCACCUGGAAGUAACUCAUUGGGAUCUGAGAAUUUCGCAGAGUCUCCAAUGAAGAAGAAAAAGAGAAUCAAAUUUUCCUUUCCUUUAGCUCCAACCGAGACGAAUCAGGAUUACCAGCCGGCCACACAAGCAGUUAGGAAAUGCUUGCAUUGCGAGAUAACAAAGACGCCUCAAUGGAGGGCUGGUCCAAUGGGACCGAAAACCCUCUGCAACGCCUGUGGCGUUCGCUACAAGAAAGGCCGGCUCUACCCCGAGUACAGGCCCGCUGCAAGUCCUACAUUCGUUCCGUCCUUGCACUCAAACUCUCACAAGAAGGUCCUGGAAAUGAGAAGCAGUGUCUUCCCCGAGGAUAUGCACGACCAGCAGUCUGGGCCGGGCUCCAACUCUCACAAGAAGGUCCUUGAAAUGAGAAGCAACAUCUUCCCCGAGGAUAUGAAACGAUCCGGUCCGGGUCCAGCUCCCCCCCUUAGCCUUGGCCUGCCCGAGAACAGCACCACAGCUAGUACUCCAACCGCGCAAUCAGAUGUCAACCCCGAGUAACAAAGCCUCAUUGGGAGCAGAGAACAGUUUUCCCUAGUCCUCAUUUCAGGUCUUAGUUUUAUUUGCUUACUGUUUUUUCAUUGCUUUGUUCAUUGGUUCUUUGUACAAAGGAGGGGCAUAGAGAAGUAAUAGAUGACCAUAUUUUAGGUGGUAGUUAAAGUUAGAGAUAAAAAUGGAGUCAGGCUAGGCAGCAGUAGUGUUAUCUAGGAAUAGAUUUGGAGUCAGCGUCAGUGAUUUCUUUGUUGAACUUAUGGCCUUUCUUUUUCCCAUCCUUAGAUGGGAAUUCUUUUUGCAGUUAAUUUGUCUUUAGGAUAUAUUCUUGAAUGAGUAAUGGUUUGAAGCA